UUAUGUAACCAUACCAAACACAACAUAUCUUAUUUUGUAUGCUAUUUGACGCCUAGUCUAUGAGACCAGAUUGCUUGCUUAUGUAGCUUAUAAAUGGCAUGUAAUAUGACUAAAGUGAGGCAACAUUUUGACAUAAUGAAACAGAUAAUAUUCAAGGACAAUGUUCAGAUGUUCCCUGCAAUAAUAAAGAGCGUACACAAUGUGCUCUGUGACAGUCACAGCACCCUUCACACUGUCGCCUCUCCUUUGAGGGGUAAAAACUUGUUCAACCAAGUGUGAGAGAGCACUGAUGUGGGUUGUAAUAGAGAACUCAUUUUAUUGCCUUUGACAGCUAACAUUUCUGGCUUUCUAUGUUCAAUAUUGUAGUUAAGAAGACAAUUCUUCCGGCAUACACCUGUGUCUUGCGAGGCACUGGCUGCAUCCUGUCGGCCCUGCAGUCCCUGCUCUCUGUGCGCUGGGCCUGGUGUCCCAGGCUGGAGAACCAGGUCCAGAUCUUCUCUGUCAUGCAGUUCAUUGUCUCCUUCCUUAUCAUAGGCCCUAUAUGCUCUGUGGUGAUGCUGUACCUCCUCUGGACUGACUACUGGUGGGUCACAGCCUCAUACACCACCUGGCUCGUCUAUGACUGGAACACACACAAACAAGCUGGCCGAAGGUUCUCGUGGGUGAGGAACUGGACAGUUUGGACCUACUACCGGGACUACUUCCCUGUCCGACUCAUCAAGACUCACAACUUGUUGCCCAAUCGAAACUAUAUCCUAGGCUACCACCCACAUGGAAUCUUUUGUUUUGGAGCAUUUUGUAACUUUGCGACAGAAGCCAAUGGUUUUUCAGCCAAGUUCCCUGGAAUAACACCAUUUGUGGCUACCCUGGCUGGGAACUUCCACAUGCCAUUAGUCAGAGAGUACCUGAUGUCUGCAGGGAUUUGUCCUGUGAAUCGCGCCACACUGGAGUUCAUUCUGUCGUGUAAUGGGACAGGGAAUGCAGUCGUUAUUACUGUUGGAGGGGCAGCUGAAUCUCUGGACUGUACUCCAGGAGUUCAUUGUGUCACCUUAAAGAACCGCAAGGGCUUUGUGAAACUGGCUCUGCAACAAGGGGCUGACCUGGUGCCUGUGUACUCGUUUGGGGAGAAUGAUGUGUAUAAGCAGCUGAUACUGAAUGAGGGAUCGUGGUGGAGGCUGAUCCAGAGGAGGCUACAGAAGAUCCUUGGCUUUGCCCCCUGUGUGUUUCAGGGCCGGGGCCUCUUCUCCCCUGACACCUGGGGCCUGGUUCCCUUCUCCAAACCCAUCAAUUCAGUUGUUGGUAAACCCAUGGAGAUGCCCAAGAUCAGUUCACCCAGCCAAGAAGAAGUGAAUCAUUACCACACCAUGUACGUAAGCUCCCUUACACAGCUAUUUGACAAGCACAAGACCCACUUCGGGCUGAGGGACGGGGAUGUACUGGUGAUUCACUGAGGUGUGGUCAUACUCUGGCUGGGUCAGACACAAGUACUGCUCUUUGGCUGCUCCAGAUAUCACUUGUACAUAAUGACCUGAGCUGUGACUAACAGAAAAAUCUCACAGUUCAAAGGCUAUUUCAAAAAAAUAUAUAUAUAUAUUUAACCUUUAUUUAACCAGGUAGGCCAGUUGAGAACAAGUUCUCAUUUA